UCAAACUGCAUCCGGACAACAGCAUAUUCCCUUCUGAAAGCGAACACCAGACAGAGCACAAACACACAACAAAAAUAAUUAACAAAAUAAAAUUCUCCGAUCGAUCGAAUCGUCGGCUUCCGUUCUUGUUCUAGGGUUUCCAAUUGCAGGUUUUCUCAGAGCCCAAAAAAAAAAUGCAACGCCAUUGUUGCCACAUAUCGCUAGCUUUUUUUCUCAAGUUCCUCAUUUUCCUUCAAGCUUUCGUUGGCGUCUCCAUCAUUCUCUACUCCAUAUGGAUGCUCGAUCAGUGGCACGAUCGCAUUCCAAUUUCCCCGCCGGUACCGCCCGUCGCUCCUUCACCGGAUUCUUCUCCUCCUUCGUCGCUCUUAACGACCGGUGGGGUUUCCGACGAGAUUCUUCCGUCGAAUGUCGCCGCCGAUUUUGUUUCCAGCUUCGAUGACGGUUUCGAGCUUUACUUGCGUGCCUUGAACCUUCCAGCUCCUUGGUUUAUCUACUCUUUCAUGGGAGUGGGGAUUUUAAUGUGCUGCAUCACUUUCAUAGGUUGCAUUGCAGCUGAGGCAAUUAAUGGCUGUUGUCUAUGUUUUUACACUCUCCUCAAAACCGUAGUCAUUCUUCUUGAAGCGGCUUUGGUGGCAUUCAUUGCAAUUGAUCAUCAUUGGGAAAAGGAUCUUCCAUUUGACCCAACCGGUCAACUUCAGAAUCUUCGGUUGUUCAUUGAAGAUAAUAUUGACAUUUGCAAGUGGGUUGGCAUCGUUGUGGUUUCGAUACAGGCAUUGUCUCUGCUACUAGCUAUAAUUCUGCGGGCCAUGGUCUCUACUGUUUCUAGUCAAAGGGUUGACGAUGAUCUCGAAGAUGAUUACAAUGGUAGGGGUAGAACUUGGGAGCCACUGCUAAAUCCACAGUCAAGCCAAGGAUCUGGAUCAACCAGGGGUGAUGGGAGAGGGAAUCACUCUGACAUCUGGAGCUCACGUAUAAGAGAUAAGUAUGGAUUGAACGCCGGCAACAAUUAUAAUUCUUUGAAUCAGAAUGCAUCGAGGAGUCCGAAAUCCAGGCAGUGAUAAAAGUGGAAGGUUUGCAUCUCACUGCAGGGAAAAAUGUGCUGCAGAGGUUAUAUUUUCUACUUCUCAUUUACAAUUGAGAGAGUACAUAUGUAUCAUUCUUAGCUAGUUUUUUAACUCGUUAUUUUUUCGGAGCUCUUGCGUUUGUGAAGUCAUAAUGUGUAUAGACAUAAAAAUGUGUUAUUUGCCAAUGUAUGGAAAUGGAAGUUCUGUACCAUUAAGAUAAGAUGUAAUGAGUAAUUAAUUGUUAAAAAAGGAGGUGUUUUGUGAACAUUAUACACAAUCACAGUGAAAAAGGAAGCGACA